AUGGCGGGGGUAAAACGUAAACACGAAGCUACCCAAGCGUCAGCUACAGCGCCUUCUGGCCACAGUCACGCUGGCGUGGGGGCUUCUCAGAGCGCUACGACUUCUUAUGGGUCCUUAGACGCCAACGUGGAUGACACUUCCAAUAUUCGUGUGACUCGGAGUUUACGCUCGAGUCGAGAUGCACGUGCCUCUCAAAAUGAUGUGAGAGCCCACAGCACUACUACUGCCACCGGUGGGAACAGCAACAUCAACUCAAGGCAUAACACCAGUCGCCCGUCGCGCAUCAUCACGCUCAGUACUCGGGCCGCCCGGGCGAAUACUGCUCAGGAAAAUGCAGCUCGCGAGAACGCUGUCCGUGAAAAUGUAGCCCGUGAAAACACCACUCGUGAAACUCGUAAUACCCGGACACGGUCAAGCGCCCAGUUGUCCACAACGCAGACUGAUGCUCCUGCUCCACUACCAACGGUUCCAGAGACCCCUCGGCACAAGCGCAUUAAGCGGGGCCCGGCGGUUGAAGAAACCCCUCGGACCACGAGGCAGUCAGCGAGACUCAGGGCACAUGCGCAUCCGACAUCUAUCGAAGAAGGCUCUAAUGAUAUGGCCGUUAUACCGAAGAUGCCAGAGCCGAGUCCUUCCGUCACUGCUGCCCCGAGCAGCCGAACGAGAAACCGAAGCCGACAAUUUGCCGACAAUCUCAUUGACACUACUGACAACGCUACUUCUGCUGCACCUGUUGUCAAGUCGCCUUCUCCCGAUCGGGCAACUCCUGUACCGAGCGAGGAUCUAAAACCUGUGGAGGAAGAGCCACUCCAGAGCCCAGAACCGGAGUCUUCACAACCAACAAAAGAAGAUCCAGAUGCAUAUCAGAAUCGAAAGUCACCUGAACCGGGAGAUACGGGUCCAGCUGAGAUUGAGAGCGUCUCCGAGUCCCCUAGUAGGAAGCCUAAGCUGGAAGAGGGCGAGCUGGACCGCGCAUUAGAACAACAACUUCAGAAUGGAACCGGUGGCAAACCGGAUUCUCACUCCCCCGCGGAGGCUGUGGCUGAACCCAGACUUGACGACGAAUCCCGCCAGGUGACCGAAGAGGUCGAAGGAUCAACACCAGAAGUCGCCACCGAAUCGACGGUUAGUAAAGCAGUCCGCGGCGGUCGGACGCGGGGCCGCGGCCGUGGUGGACGCAGUCGCGGCUCAGCACGCUUUACGACGAACAAACGAGGACGUGGUGCGGCUCGCAGUAGUCGUGGUGGUCGCACAGGUCGACAGCUAGAUCGUUCGAGCGAUGUGGAGCCGGACCGCUCUCCUUCCCCGAGUGCAGCUACUCAAAAGCUACGGGACAGGCAACGAGAGUUGGACAAGGCAUUUAAGAAGGUAGCUGCUGCUCAGCGACUGGCUCUGGCAGUGCUAGCCACGCAGUCUGAGAAGCGACUGGCUCGUGAUAAGAAUGCACAUAAGAACGUCCCCGAGUUCGAAGAAAUCAACAUGCAAUUAAAGGAGAGACUGCGCGGAAGAAAGGAGGUUUUGCGUCGAGAAUAUGAACUCAAGGUGGAGCAAGAGAAUCGGAUAUUCGAGGCUAACAAGCAAGCAAUCGAGGAACGGUAUCGGGCCCAAGGCCGCAAUAUCCGGGAAGAGCACUUACUAGCCAGUCAGGGGGCGUACAUGACAUUUGUCGAGGGCCGCCGUGCUGCAGAAGAUGAUGAACACACCGAAACCGAUGAUUCCGAAACUGAACCAGACCGUGGGCGAGUGGUACCGCCCGCCAGAGAAGUCUUCCGAGGGUUCAACUCCAACUUUGUUAGGAAUCCUGCUGGGGCGGCUGCCUACGAUCGUGCUUACUUUGGCUGGGAUGACUUCGUUCAGCGGGCCAAGGUGGGCGACGACAUCGAUCCACAGAUGAAGGAAAUCCGCGACGCUGGGCCCUUUGCGGGGAUGACCGCCGAACAAAUUCUGGACAUGCUGGUGAAAGCGACUGGGGUCGUCGAAGUCCCUCGGAACAGUGUCCCGGCGGAGAGAAACCCUCCUAUGCUGCCUGAUCUGCGGCCCCGAGCAUUGUCUACUCUGGCCGAUGUUGCAGCGGCAGAGCCUCCACGGCCUCCCCUCUCCCAAGCUGCCCCCCGUCUCUCGACACACCGAACAAUCCUACCUCAGCCUCAGCCUGCUCAGCCGCCAUUGCCGCAUGGACCUCCCGAACCACGACCAUUCGUGCUGCCUCCGCCAACCCCUCAAAGACAACAGCCCCGGCGACUUCUGCCUGCGGGACAACAGAUCCCACCGAUCAAUGAACAGCUCGGCUUGCCCGAUCCCUUUGCAGCGAUGGGAGGGCCGCCUCACCUUCCGCCGCCAGCGGGAUCCAACUUCCACCGACCCCCUCUGCCAGGGUAUUUGACGGGACAUCACCCUCCUAGUAUCUAUUAUCCACCGCCUCCGCCGCCCCCGCCGGGGCCCCGUCCUCCCUUCUAA